CGGUAUCAGUGCUCGACACCGAUAGCUGCUCCGUUUACUAAUCGAUCAUUCCGGGUGUCGGGAGUCCGUGCAAAGUAGAUGCAAGUUGGUGUGCCUAUUUGAGAGGACGCAUACUUCGCAAGGACACUUCGCAAGAUGUUAGUUGAAAUUGUGUCGUGAAAAAUGUUGAGGACCAACAACAGCAACUCGUCGGAACGAAACACCAUUUGAGACGACCAACGAUACCUUCUCCGCUUCGUUGCUGCACCGCUCCAAGUGGUUACGAUUAUGAUGAGAUAACAAACGCAGAAUGAAAUACAGUGGCAGUAACCUUCUUGGUUAUGCAGUUUACGCAUUUAUUCUAUUUUUUAACGUUAUUCAUGCAGAAAGUGGUGUCACCUGCAAAGAUCAACAAGGACGAGUCUAUGAAAAUACUUUUAUAUACAUUCCUGGCCCGGAACCCUGUACAUUAUGUGUAUGUGAUAAUGGCAAUCCAAAGUGGUGUAGAGCACUUGUUUGCAAGUAUGCAGAGGUAUUUCAAGAAUAUUGUAAAUCUACCCGGCAUAUCUGUUGCCAAUAUAUUUGUUUGGAUGAUACGGUGUUAUCUAUACCCAAUGACAAAUCUGAUGGGAUUGAUAGCAACGCAAACGACGCUGCCACAAAUUACGAUAUAGGACUACGAUCUGUUGCUAGUUUUGUAACAGCUGUAUUGUCGUUGAGUCUGUUAUUUUUUUUAAUACACCGUUUGCGCCAAAGAAAGAUACGAGUUUGCGUGGCAGGAAGACAGAACAGACAGUUAGCAGAGGACCAAAGAAACUUAGGUAGUAUGGGAUAUUUAGAACGAGAUGGAUUGUCGCAUGGUGUUCCUAUGGAUGACAUUCCAUGUGGAGCUAGUUAUCCAUUGUGGAAACCACCGAAUAAUUAUUUUCCUCGUGGCGAGGCUCCACCACCUUAUGAAGAAGCAGUAGCAGCAGCGAGAGCGGAACAAGCUCUUUUAUCCAUGAACCCACAAACGCUUCCGCAAUUCAAUUUUCCAAACACCUAUUUGCCAAAUACCAAUAGUCGUACGAGUAUAUCGUUAGUAGGAAGCACUCAAAGUGGUAUAAAUCGCAAUUCGUCAACAUUAAUAUGCGACAGUGGCAUAACGGAUCAAAGUGGCUUAAUCUCAACGCCAAGUAGACCAAUAUCGAAUCCAAACAUAUAUGCUAGCUAUCGGCAGUCGAAUCAAAACGAAACGUUAUCACCGAGUGUUAGUGUAGGAACUUCUACGACGAGUUUCACAAUGGGAACAAGUACUUACGAAAAUUUACCUACUCCCAUUGGAAUUCCGAACUUCGUUAAUCAGCGUCCUGAUGUAACUGCACAACCUUUAUCCAACUUCACCCAACAACAAUCUACUAUUCCGAAAAGUUAUCAAACGCAUACCACCCUUCCUCGACAAACUGGAGCAUUUACAAUAUCCGCAACCUUACCAAAUUCUAGUGUGACUGCUCAUCGUACAAUUCCUAGGACUUUAACAACUCGUACCGGUGCUAAGUUACAAGAUAUUAUAAAUGAUUGCACUCAGAAAGAAUUUUUACGAUCUACGAUAACAACUGAUAUUACUACUACGUCGAACAUACCACAUUCUUCGCAACAAAAUGCUGUAACUAAAUUAGAAAAUUCAAGGGAAAAUACAAAUCCAGAAACAUUUCGUGAAGAUGUACAAAUACAGCCUUCUUCUGCUUCUUCCUCAGGAUUGCAACAAAUUGAAAGACAACCAUUGGAUCCUAAAAUGGAACUAAAAUCUCAUGAUUUUAAGCCACCAUUAAAUAUAGCUAAUGGAAUUAAUGAAGAAGGAAGUUUUGAAUCGGUAGCAUGCACUUGUAGCAUGCAAGCUCUUUCUACUCUCCACGACGAUACAGAUGAUUACAGAAGCGAAUGUGAAAAUUGUAAAAGCGCAACAGGUUCUCGUUAUUACUUAGAUAACGAAGAUGAAUUAAUUACGUCUCCGCACGAAACUAUGACGUUACAUAGAAGACCAGAUGAAACAGCUUCAAAUGUUACUCCUCAGUAUUAUAGAACUUCACUCACACUGCCUAUAAGUACCCGUCAACGAACAAGGAGCACUGGCAUUCGUGAAAAUUGGUUCAACUCAAUGCCUCAAAGUUCCACAGAAUCCUCGGAUGAAAAUUGAUUGCAGUUAUGUGUUUCCUGUGCAUCGUAUAACUAUUAAAAUGAUUUAUAUUACACUACCAUUGAUCAAAAUUCAAUAUUAAGGAAGACGAACAAUGUUCAUAUUUUAUUGCGUUGCAGACAACGUUAUAUUGUCGGUAAAUAGUAUUACAUUGCCAAAUUUCAGAGUUAUGGUGAAACUUUUUCUAUCUUGUUCACUGUAUAUAAACUAUUCACACACAUACUCAAAACUAUGUAUGACCUAUGGAAAAUAUGAGUCACGCUUUUGCUCUCACGGUUUUUCUUUACAUGUUAUUAAACUUUGAGAGCAAAGUUUAGAUAAUAUAUUUAUUGCAUAGCAACUUACAAUUCCAAUAUGUUUAAGGACGUAACUACCUAAAGUAUUUUUAACUAUGUUCCAUGCAUAUCAUUUGUUAAAGAUUCAUCAACAGAAUUGAAAAUUGAAUUUUUAUCGUUUUUAUUACAGAAUUCCUUUAUUGUUUUGUCAUGAACAGUAUGAUAUAUAUAUAUAUAUAUAUAUAUAUAUAUAUAUAUAUAUAUAUCAUACUGUUCUGGAAACUGGAUAACGCAAUAAAAUAUAAAGAACAGAUUAGUUCAUAUGAUACUCAUUGUUACAUAUACACUUUUUUUUAUUUGUUUACCAAUUGUUAAUUUCGAUACCUAUUUACAAUAAUUUCAAUACUAAUUAUUCAAUAAUGUGAGAGAAAAGUGAGUAUAAAAUAGGAUAUGAAGGUUGCAGGUAAGUCAAUGACAAUUUGAUAACUUAUUCGAAUAUUAUUACACUGUUAUAUCAUUAUUUAUAUUAUUCUUAAUUUCUACAUCUCAUUAUUAUAAUAACUUUUUGUGAAAAUCUUAAUGUAGAAGCCUUUAUUUAAUUAUGAUAUUUAAACACAAUAUUCUAGCUUAAUUGAAAAUAUUUUCAUAUAAAUUUUCUUUCCAUACUCUGGUAUUUUGACGAAAAUGGACAAAAGUAAAUCUAUUAGAUAAUGUGCAGUGCACAAGUAUAUAUAUAUAUAUAUAUGUAUAUGUAUGUAUAUAUAUAUGUAUAUAUAUGUUUUGAAGUCUUUUAAGAAUACAUAUCAAUAUUGAGUACAACCUCCAAGUUAUAUAAAAAUUACAUAAAUAUAUUCAUUUUAGUUAAUUUCUCAACACAUUUGUUAAUUUUUGCCGUUCAUUUAGCAUGAAACAUAAGUGUACAAUAUGUUAAAUAAUAGAAAUUGUUUUACGAUUUGUAUAUACAUAUGCUUGAAACAGAUCUAUUGGUUCAAAUAGUCUAAAUCAGCCUUAGUACAUAUAUGUUAUGCUUCUUCCACUUAUCGUGUGAAUGUUGACUCUAUUCUAUUAUAUUUCAGUGUUAUGUAUGCGAGCGUUCGUACAUUUGUGUGUUACGCGCAUACAAGAUAUAAUAUUCGUCUUAAAUCUUUUAAAUUGACAUUCGGGAAAAUGUCUUAUUUCGUAUGUAAAACGUUCUUUUUAUGAUCUUUUCUUUUUUUUUUUUUUUUUUUUUUUGUGAUUUUUAAUGGAAAGUAUGAUUGUAGUUACCCAAAUUUUACAUUCAAACACUCGACUCGCAUAAGAUAUGGUGAAAAUUUCUAACGACUAAGUUUAACAUUUUGGUAUAAGGAUAAACAUUUUUAAGUCUAUACAAUUAUACUCUAUGUAAAGUGAGAAGAAAGAUUUUUCUUAUUGGGGAUUAUUUGUAACAACAUACUUUAUACGAACUACACAUGAGUGAAAUAUUCAUUGUCUCUAAUCGGUGAUUAAUGAUUUUUAACGUAUGAAACAAAAUAUGAAAUGGUCCCCUAAAGCAUGCAAUAUUUAGUAAUUAUAAUAUAUUUUAGUUUAUGGAUAGAAUUUAAGAAUCAGACUGAUCAUAUUUAAUGAUAUACAAAUAUUUCUAUUUGAAUCAAGUCGGUGAUGUAUUUCACUAAAAUUCCUUUCCUAAUGUAAGACAUUUUUUUAUAUUAUUACAAAUAUUCUAUAAAUUAGUAAGGUAUAGGAUGACUAAUUAUUGAUAAUAUGUUAGCAAAGAUUAAUAAGUAUUUUAUUAUCAUUAUGACAUUAUUAAUCUCAUUGUAAUUUUAAUCCGUUGUACCUUUAUGUUUUAUUUUAUAUUUUUGUUAUAUUUGUGAAAUACUUUAAUCAAUCAGUUAGUUAAUCAAAUGUAGGAAAAAUACAAUUAUUUAUUAGUUGUGAUUAUUUUCACAAAUAUUUGUGUGAUCAUGAAUAUUUGUUAUUUCGUACAAAAGUAUAAUAUUAAUUAUCUAAUUAUUGCUUAUAUAUUCAAAAGUAUAUAAAAAUGUAGAAGUAAUAAGUUGCAAAAAUUAAUUAACAAUUGCUGUUACUAAUUUCCUUUGAUAAUUAAAUUUUUGCGUAGAUUUACCACUUUACGUUAAUGAAACAUGCACAGAGAGUACGUUUUGCAGUUCUGCUGCGGAUAAGGAUGUAAAUAGGAGGUGUGUGAUUAAUUGAGAGAAUAUUGGAUAAGUUCGGGCGGACGAACGUAAUAGUGACGAAACAUUGCCUCAAAAAUUACUUUUAAAAUUACUCGUAAGAUACCAAUGUUAUUUUAUGUAAUACAGUAAUAAUAUGUAAACUCUGUGCCAAAUUGUAUAAUUUUUAUAACAUACGUAGGAAGUGAUAUUAACAUUUCAUAAAAUUAUUUCUUUGAAAUAACAAAGCGCUAUAUAUUUUUUUAGUGAAUUUUGGUAUAAUUUGUGUUGUUUUGCCAUUUUAUUUUCAUUACCCAUAAUUAGAAACUAAUUGUAUAAUGCAUCAAAAAGGAUUAAAUAUUUUGAUUCUUUUCAAGACCUUAAUUAAUAAAUUAGUAAAUUAAUUAUUUGGCAAUCAUUUACGACUAAUGAGCAGAGCAGGACAGCUAUGUUAACAGCUAUGAAUGAUUAAAGUUACUACGUCACUAGUUUAUUGAUUAAUAAAAAUUUUAUGUGUACGUAGGAUGUGAAAAUUGUGCAUAAUAUUAGCAAAACAAAAUUUAUUUAAGUUAUAGUUAUAUACAUAUAGCACUUAGCACCUAAAUAAAUCAAAUAAAUUAUCGAGGCAAUUUUUUAUUAUAAUUACGUUCGUCUGAUAGAACAAUGCCACCAUUUCUCUUGUUGGUUACCAUUUAAUGUGUUCAACCCUAGUAAAGAUAUUUAAGCUGCUUAUAUCCCUUAAUGAAUCUGCGAUUUCUUCGUUACGAAUUUCGUAAUUUGAGUGAAUUCUAUGUAUGAGAUAAACAUCGACAAAAUAAAAAUUAUUUCUGUAAUAGUUAA